AUGUCAGUGAGCUCGGCAGUCAGGUGUCAGCUUUUAAUCUUUUCUAAGUGUAGGUUUGAUGCCAGUCUUUUAUUUUUCUUCUCAGUUGCUUUAGGUCGUAACCAGCCUUUGAAAAAGGAGAAACCAAAAUGGAAAAGUGAUUAUCCGAUGACAGAUGGCCAGCUGCGCAGCAAGAGGGACGAAUUCUGGGAUACGGCUCCGGCCUUUGAAGGUCGCAAGGAGAUUUGGGAUGCAUUGAAGGCGGCAGCACACGCUUUUGAGAGCAACGAUCAUGAACUGGCCCAAGCAAUCAUUGACGGUGCGAACAUCACAUUACCACACGGUGCAUUGACAGAGUGCUACGAUGAGCUAGGAAACAGGUACCAGCUUCCAGUAUAUUGCUUGGCCCCACCAAUCAACAUGAUAGAAGAAAAGAGCGACCUAGAGACUCUGGACAUCCCGGAGCCACCCCCCAAUUCCGGAUAUGAAUGUCAGCUCCGUUUGCGCCUGUCCACAGGCAAAGACCUCAAACUCGUGGUGCGCAGCACAGACACCGUCUACCACAUGAAGCGGCGGCUACAUGUUGCAGAAGGAGUGGAGCCGAGCAGCCAGCGCUGGUUCUUUUCUGGCAGGCCUCUGACUGACAAAAUGAAGUUGGAGGAGCUCAAGAUCCCAAAAGACUAUGUGGUACAGGUUAUAAUCAGCCAGCCUUUGCAAAACCCAACACCAGUGGAGAACUGAACUGGCCUGUUGGCUGGUCCCUGGGUCCCUCCCCUUCCUUUUGAUUGUUGUCAUUGUUUCCUACUCUAUGGCGUGAAAUUUACUUUCACUGCUCUGAAUUCCCUAUGAAUGGAUUUAGUUCUGAGGAAUUACCAGUGAAAAAUUCCAUCUGUGAUGGAGACCAACAAAAAUAACCAAUAAA